AUGGGCGGCGAGAGAUCAAAGGUUGCACAAAAUCGUGUGACUCGCGAACAUACCGUGCACCUACUUGAUGACUUUGAUCUGAAGGGCCCGAAUAGAUCUUAUAAAUAUCUAGUUUAUAAGCUUCUAAAGCCUAAUAUCCCGGAUACAAUUGAUAUACACUUUCCCGAUGGGAGACUCCCUAGAAAGCUCGCCAAAGCUAUUAUAAGGCAAAGUCUUAUCGGGCUUAAUAGUCUACACCAACAGAAUAUUAGAUAUAGAGGUAGGUCACUCUCUUAG